AUGAUACAAGUUGCCAUGAUUUUUGCUGCGGGGCGCGGCGAACGCAUGCGGCCAUUGACUGACCGCACACCCAAACCGUUGCUGUGCGUGGCGGGCGAAUCGCUCAUCGUGCAUCAAAUCCGCGCCAUUAAAGCGGCAGGGAUUUUACAUAUUGUGAUUAAUCAUGCUUGGUUGGGCGAGCAAAUUGAGACCGCUUUGGGCGAUGGCAGCGCAUUUGGGGUGCAUUUGUAUUACUCGAGCGAGCAGGCGGCGCUUGAGACUGCGGGCGGGAUUGUCAAAGCCUUGCCGCAGCUCAAGGCGCACAGUGAUUCGCCGAUAUUUUUGGCGGUCAGCGGCGACGUUUAUACCGAUUAUGAUUACGCACGUUUGCACAGCGUGGCGGCGCAAUUGGCUGUCAAAACCACGCCCAAUAUGUAUUUGGUCAUGGUGGAUAAUCCUGAUUUUCACCCAGCAGGCGAUUUUAAACUCGAUGACGCUGCGCUCAAAGCCUUGGAUGCUGACGCAGGGCAGGCGUUGACUUUUGGCAAUAUUGGUUUGUAUGACAUGCGUCAAUUUGCUGAUUUGCCUUUUGGGGAAAAAAUUCCAAUGAGUCCGUAUUAUCACCAUGCGAUUGCGCAUGGUUUGGCGGGCGGUGAGUAUUUUAAAGGCGUUUGGGAGAAUGUUGGGACGCCUGAGCAGUUGGGGGCGUUGAAUGCGCGGCUGAGUUGA